AUGGAGGGUACGUCUCUUUCUUCAGUAGCCAAUACUUCGAGAAUAUCAUCAAACUUGUCUGCAAAAGUCAAAUCUUAUCUCCGAAAUUUAAAUCUGUUUCCAUCGAUUCCACCAUCGACAAAUGAAUAUCGACUUCGAAGUGAACGAAUCGCAACACGAUUAUACAUUAUUCUCUUGAUGUUAUCAUUAUAUAUUCUUGUCAUCUACACUUCACUAAUUACUGUUACAGAAAUUGUUGCUGUUUCCGCAUCAGAGAAGUCAACCGUCAUGGAAAUUUAUCGAAAACCAAAAAAAGGUCAAAUCGUCUUGGUUGAAUUAAUCAAUAAUGAAUACAAAUGUCAAGGUCGUGGUGGCAUGAACAUUACCGAGACCGAAAAUCUGUUCUCAUGCAAUGAUUGUCGUUGUCGGGUAUCAAAAGAACGGAACGUAGAAGACUUUUAUGUGAAACUAAAAAUAUUCACAUUUACUAAUGAAGAGUACAAUCUUAAAGCAACAACAGAGACAAUAUCGACGUUUUUGAACGAUAUUGUUCAGCCGAAAAACAAUGAUAAAGUUUCCGUCGGUGUGAACGAAAACUUGAAUCUGCUCGUUGGUGUAAAUACUCAGUUCGUUUUUUAUCAGCACACUGAUUUCAUUAAUAGUUUUCAAAGAAUCAAUGAAGAGAAGCAAACCAAACAAGGUAAUGUUCAUUUGUAUUCGUUCAUGUAA